AUGCAAAAACCGCUUAUGAGAAUCCCCUAUACGGGCCCUCUCCCUCCUCCGAAUAUCAUCCCGCGGAAUGCAAAUACCAUUACUGGCGCAGUCGCGGCCUUGUCCCGAUUCCUCACUGCCCCGCCGUCGCCAUCCUUAUCCCUCAGUCAUGGCGGCAGUGAUCCCCAAUCAACGGUGAUAUUGUCCGGCGCCGGCAUAUCAGUGGCUUCAGGAUUGGCAGAUUACAGAGGCACCAACGGAACAUAUAGGCAGAACAAAACAUAUCGACCAAUUUACUAUCACGAGUUCCUGGCAAAUCACGAGGCAAGGAAGAGAUACUGGGCUCGCAGUUUUCUAGGCUGGACGAAUCUUCACAAGGCCAAGCCAAAUUCGGCUCAUUAUGCUAUCAAGAACUUGGGUGAUAUGGGAAUCGUUCGCAGCGUGAUUACACAGAAUGUGGAUUCCUUCCAUUCAAUUGCCCACCCCGAUAUCCCCACUCUGGAACUACAUGGCUAUCUUCGUGCACUAAGAUGUGUAACCUGCCACAAUGACCUCCCGCGAGAGACAUUUCAGGAGUCUCUUGCAAGCCUGAAUCCAGCAUGGGCAGAAUUUUUGACGGAGGUAAUCGCAUCAGGGGCGCUCGACACGGAGAAUCCAGCAGAACGGAGUGCUAGGGGCGUAAAGACCAAUCCUGACGGAGACGUCGAUAUUCCUGGUGCACCAUAUUCAACUUUCCGAUACCCUGCAUGUCCUCGUUGUCUUGCGAAUCCCCCCAUAUCGGGCGAUGGUACACAAACAAUAGUGGAAGUAGAUGCAGAAGGGGGUUUGGAACCAACGAGUACGGCUGGGAUACUGAAGCCUGCUGUAGUGAUGUUCGGGGAAAGUAUAACUAACACGGUGAAGGAGGCUGCCGAACAAGCUAUAGAUGGCUCUGGUAAACUGCUAGUUCUAGGCACAUCUCUUGCGACCUAUUCUGCUUGGAGACUGGCACGGCGUGCGAAGGAGAGGGGUAUGCCUGUUGGAAUACUGAAUCUGGGCGGAGUGAGAGGAGAAGAAGCCUUCUUUCAAGAUCUGCCAAUGGCCCAACAAGGAGAAGCUGCUGUCCGGGCCGACAUGGGAACUGAUAAAGUCCUACCAGAACUGGUUAACCAACUGAGACGUAGUGGAUUCUCCACCAACGUCGAUGUAUCAGAUCCAGCAGACGAACCGCACACCAAUAACACAAUAUUCAAAGAUGUACUGUCAUAG